AUGGAGUUCUCCGUCGAGGAGGAACCGAGGUCGGGCGCGCCCCUGGCACUCGGGCUCGGGGAGGACGCCAUGGAGGCGGUAAGGAGAGCUUUCCCGGGUCAGGAUUUUGCUAUUGAUGUGGUGAACCGAGCUUUCGGUCGGCGGAAUCCGGCGGAGCGCAGCCAACAAGAUUCCUCUGCCUGUGGUAUCAGUGGAGCAUGUACAUCGGAAAAGCCUAUGGAUUUGGAGCAGGUGGAGAACGCUGGGAAGAGCUGUGCGCAACAGGAUCCCUCUGCCUCAGAAAUGCAGUUGAGAUCUCAGGAAGUGGAGCAAGCCGGUCAGCGCUGCGAUGCCCCUCCCGCACCUGCAGACGUAGGCACUGAAGCCGGCGGGCCUCCCGCACCUGCAGACGUAGGCGCUGAAGCCGGCGGGGGCUGGAACCGCAGGGUUAGGCGAGGCCGUAUCCCAGAUGAACGGGAACCGGAUGCCCAGCGAGUAAGUGCGCUAGAGAAGGCAUUGACUGGCUUUGCAGAGAGGCAGACUGAUGUUGUUGUUAAUCCAACAGUGGGGACCUGCUUCGAUUCGAUUACAGAGGCAUAUGAUUUUUAUAACCUCUAUUCCUGGGAAAUGGGGUUCGGUAUAAGGUACGGCAAGAGCAGGCGGAAUACAAAGGGAGGUAAAUGCAUGCAGGAAAUUACUUGCGUUAAUGCGGGUAAACCAAAUAUGGGCGGGAAAUCGCGCAGGUGCGAGUGCACAGCACUAAUUAGGCUACUCAGAACUGAUGACAAUGGAUGGUAUGUCACCCAGCAUAGGAAAGUGCAUAACCAUGCUUUUUCCACUACAUAUGGAAACAAGGUUCAUUGGCCAUCUCAUAAGCAUCUAGAUAAGUACACCAGGGAUUUGGUUCGUCAGUUAAGGCACAAUAAUGUUAAUUUAGGCGUGUACGAUACGAUUGCUUCUUUUUUUGGGCGAAUGGAGAAUGUCCCUUUCAAUAAGCGUUCGAUCAGGACACUGUGUGGGGAAGUUAUCCGUGAGCAAGCUGUUGACGAUGCUAGGAAGACCAUGGAGACAGCAGCUGCAUCUGGAGAAAGACCAGAAAACCAUACGGGGGAGGAGACGACAUUCAACUGUAUGGGCUUAGCCUCAACCACGGUUGGUUCCCCGAAUAUGCCGGUUGAGCCCCUGAGGUACCCUGAGCAGGACGAUACACACAGCAAUGCUGAGGCAGGCAGGCUGGCUGAUCUGUUGUUAGCUUUUGGGGAUUGUCACCUGGUGCUUAAAAGCUGCACCUAUGAUGAUCUCAUCAACUCCAACGGUACCAUGUCGGGUCUGGAAGAGGCAGUGAAGGCUGUUACACCCCAUCUUCAGCAGGGCAUUUUUGGUGACCUGUGGUCCAGGGCCCACAAUUCUGGAGGCGUCGUGUCAGCUCAGGUGCUGACCAUCAAGGACCUGUUCAGAUUCACGCGUUGGCUGACAACCACCACGGGCCAGCAUAAUCUGCGGUGCGUCCAGCAGCGUGCCAAGCUGGUCAAUUCUGGGAAGGCUGUCUUAGAGCCCGAGCAGAUAGCCCUCCUCCACCUUUAUCAGGCUGAGAAUGAUGAAUAUUCAGUUAAGAUGAACAAACUCCAGGGAGAAAGGGAUGCGAAAAUUGCCCAAUAUAUGGCAAAAAUUGAUGAGGCCCGCAAGUCCUUCGAGGUCAGCAUUCAAGCUGCAAAGCAGCACUACCCUGUGUCCGCCUCCUAUGUCGCUCUGGAUAGCAAUGAACUCCGCGCGCAGUGCUGGACCAUGUAUCUCGCCCAAUGUCGGAAGGAGGCGAAGGAUCUGAACGCGAAGGCCUCAAACAUCGUCGAGAAGUAUGGGCCAGAGGUCAUACAGCGUCACCUAUUUGAAUUUUGCAGCCAAGAGACAAACCGUCAGGCCCUCCUCAAGUAUGCCCAGACCAAGGUCAAUAACCUGAAAGAGGCAGGAGAUGCCCGUGGAGAAGAUACUCUUCAUGACUACAUGACGCUCCUUGAUAUUGAAAAGGCUUAUGCGCUACUCGCCGCUGAAGAGCAAAUAGCCAAUUGCCCAGACACUUGUGGGGGCAGUGAGGAUGCGGAUCGCGGUAAUAUAAACAAUAUCAUUGCAAGAGGUGAGGCUGCUGAUGGUGCUCGAGGUGAUGGACAAGAUGGGGGUGAAGGUGCAUCCGAAGGUCCUCCGAGGCAAAAGCGUCAAAGGAACGACCAAGACUAUGUUUGGUGGUGA